AUGCAUCGGCGCGCUGAGUCCCGGCAGUAUAUCCGCACAACCAUUCUCGAAGGCACCCGCGAACUCCUGAAGAAGGGUUUCAUAACUCCUGAAACAAAGGAACCAGCGUUCGGUAGUCCGAAAGCGAACGAGAUAGGCCCAUCGGCGCCACCUGCCACUCCGGAAAUCCAGGCAAAAUCCAGUCCCUGCCUACCAUCGCGAUUCCCAAGCAAGGGAGCAGGGGCCAUGGGGGCAAAAGGAGGUGCUGGAGAUUUCGAGUCUAAGAUCGCGCGUGCUAUUCAUUGGCUGCGUCAGAAAAAGGAGUGUGACAGAUCUCUGUUUGCUGCACGAACGAAGAGCGCUUUUCGGUAUACAGUUUCACCUCAUGAAGGGACCGGAGAGCUGGAUUCAAAGAGUCACCUAACGCGGUCACAUCCUGAGGCAACUGGCGGGCAAAAAAGAACUUUCCUCUCCAUGCUGUGCCAAGGGUUACCGCACGGCCCGGAUCCAAACCAAAUGGAGGCUCCAGCACGUGCCGUCAGUUCUUUCAAAAGGACCGAUCGCAGUGAUACGCUAGUAGAGUCUUCAGGCGAUUCAGGAUCUGCAGAAAACUCUUGCGCCAAGGGACUUCAGGCAGAAAUUCUGUUGUCUCAAACUCCUCUCCACAGCGCAAGUCCGCGCUUUCCUCUUAUCCAUAGACAAACUACUGGAUACGCCAGGGCUGCUUCCGGGGAAGACGUGGAUUGCGAAUACCCAAGCAACCCUCCGCCUCAAUUGAACACCCUUGACUCAAGCAGAAGCCACUUCCAAUGGCGAACAGAUUCUGCUCGCUUGCCAUCCUAUGCCCCUGGCAAUUUUCCCAAUAGCGUUCCUACGCCAACGCUUCUGGAGGCGCAGUUUGCUCGAGAUUUGGCGCGUGACUGCAUGGCUCCCAUGACGCCCGUUGGGUGUGCUGGCCAGCCGCAAACAGGCGCUGGUUCCUUUGGCUCUUGCUCUUUCGAGAAGAAGAAAACAAGCUGCUCAGGUGAGCUUUCCGGGAGAGCCAGACAGUACACUACUCGACCGACAAUGAGGGCUAGGCAUUGCAUGUUGGACUCGAGCAGCCCUACAGAUGCACUAGGUGCAGAAUGCACUUCAGCGCUGAGGAGGCACUCCAUCAUCACUUUGCAUCCUAGGCACGAGAGCUCGCUGCCUUGGAGUGCCUUGGCAACCAUGGACGUCCACCGCUUGGAACAUUUGUUGGACUCUGCUGCUUGGCCUGAGGACUCCGUGGUGGCCAGUAACCAAGACGCUAUCAAUGCUUACAAUCACACGAAAGUAGGCAUUGGAAUGCAUCCACCUGUCCAAGCGUUGCAGCUCCAUCGGCACGAGGCCUUUCACCGAACAGAGUUCCAAAUUUCUCCGCAUGCUCUAGAAACGAGCGGCGCAGUGAGCAGGCAGGAUAACCACGACCGGCAAGCUAACUCGGGCUCAAAAAGAGAUAAGCACGAGGCUCGCACGAGUUCGCCAAGAACCGCCGCCCACAGAAGCAACAGUGUCGGCGCUCUCAGGGAGAUAGGGAUUCUGACAAUGAAAGAGCGCGUAGCUUUUUUUGAAGAAAAGCUGUCGCGCCACCAAGCACGCAUGGAGGCUGAAGCACAAAACCUGGCCAGGCUUCGGCGCAACACCAACCAAGAAGAAAUGCUGUGGCCGUCGCGCAGGGGUCCGUUGCGACUCGAGGCUAUUUACAAGAUUCGGCUGCCCUUGAUAGUAGACGAGUCAGGGACGCCGUGGGGUCGCGCUCCGAUCAUUGGACCAGGGAAGCCUGAAAAUCAGAACCACGCAAUUGCCUUUUCGAGAAUGGACACUAUGCAGGUGAUGGACAUGAAUAUGGAGUCGUACCUUGAGGAGGCGAUAAAGCUCCGCAACUUACUUCAGGAAUUCGCGCUGAACGCUCGAAUGCGGAUUCUCGAGUACAACUACAGCGGGCCAAUUGAAAGCGCUCUAGAAUAUGUUUUGACUCCUUCAACCUACGUUCAGUUCCAGCUCGGAAUGCUGCUCGUGCUACCACUCAUACCGUGGUUGUUUUUAGAGAAGGGUCUUGGAUCGGCGUUGCGGAAGCUUGUCGACCUCAUCAGCAAGUUUUCCGUGACAUAUUACAACUUCAUGACCUGCACAAAGGCAUCCGUCAUAGACCACGUGUUAAUUUACGGAGGGGCCAAGUACCAGGAAACUGGCCGAGGAUUUGUUAUAGAGCGAGCAACAUUGAAGGACAUUUGGAUGUUUUUCUAUUUCACCCAUUUUUCCAUAGGCUUGGAGCUGUUCGUCCUUUUGAUCAUAUAUGCCACAUACGCUGGCCUUGAUGCUGGUGUUUUUUUUCUCGACACGUGGCCAAUUUUGCUAAUGGCCGCUUCAAUUAAUUUUGUGCCCUUCAUCUUUAACCCCCUGGGAUUUUACUAUCCUAGGCUGCGACAGGACUUCACGAGCUGGAAUGCCUGGUUAUCCUCUCAAGAACUGGGCAUGCCAAAGGAAUCGUGGGUGUCUUGGUGGCGGGGAGAGAUGGAACAGCGAUGUAACAUCGUGUGGCAUCACAAAGUUAUUAUUGUGCUUCGACUUCUACGAUUUCCUCUCCUUGCUGCCGGUAUCACUUCUUGCGUUGCCACCUCCAUACAGUCCGCAGAUGUGGACUGCGCAAUAUAUCUGGUGGCAGCAUCUGGACUUUUCGCCGCCAUUAAGACAUUACUAGGGGAUUUGCAAAUGCUUAGCCCGUCUGUAAAGGCAUGGCUUUCCCUGCUUCUUGUCACUGGGACAACAGCUCUGGUUUUCUGGCUGGUCGUAACCAAGAAAGUCUCGCUGGCGUCCAUCAUCGUUUCAUUGUUUGCUCUUUGCCUGUUCAUCUACGGGGCUGUCGAGAUCGCCUUCGCACUUCUGGACCGAUGGGCAGUCCGCAGCGAGAUGCUGUCAGACGUGGUCCGGAUGUACCAUCGAUGCGCGGGAUUCUGCACGUUUGCGCCACUGCUGGUCCUGUCUGCGAUUACCACAAGUGUGCAUCAUUUGCAAACGCGAAUCCUCUUCAAUCCUACUUUUGUCUCUAUUGUUAAAAGCGGUCUGGUGCAGCGCGAGCAAGUUGAGAAGAGCGGGCGUGGCCACAGCUGA